AAUCCACAGCAUCAUACUUUCAGCAUAUAUCAUUAUAGCAUGCAUCUUAUUUUUGAAUCAAGUAUUUAAUAUUCUAAUUAUGUAGCCCUUAAUGGUAUUCAAUAUAUAUGUUAUGACAACAAUAUUUAAUUUGAUUAAUUCAUAUAGGGUACACUUAGAAUUUAAUGUCUUUCAUGGAUUCUUUAGAUCUUGGAUCAGUUGAUUGCAAAGUUAUUGAUAGGAGUUAUUCAGUUUGUAAUUGUGGAAUAUGGAGGAUCUGUUAUGGGUACAUCCGAUGGUUUAAGCCUUAAAUAAUGGUAAUAUUGAAUGAUUACCAUAUAGGUUUAUUUGUGCUGCAAUAGGAAUGGGAAGUAUUGUAUGGAGAAGCAUAGCUAUCUUAGUUGUUAAGCCUAUUAUGGUAAAUAAUCAAUUAUACAAGUAGUUAAAGAGUGGCAAGGGGAAAUUAAAAGUUAAUUGA